CUUAACAUGGCGCUGAUGAGUCCCCAAAAAAUAUCGAACAGCUGAAAAUUAAAUCUCAAGCGUAUUAAAAUUUCAAUAAACCAUGAAUAAGAAAUGUUUAAACAGUAUAAAUACACAAAAUAACUUAGCACCGAGACACUUACAUCUCAUUGAGAAGGCCUUUGACCAUUCAGGUGUAGAGAAGAAAGGCUAUCUGGUUUAUGAUGACAUUAAAGUGGCAGCACUCAUGCUGUUUGGACACAAGCUGUGUAAGGCUGAGGUCCAGCAGAUGUUAGCUGUGUAUGGAUCAGAAUACAAGACUGGGAUCAAAGGGUUUUCCCUCCCCCAGCUGACGGCAGCCAUGACACCCAAGUUUAGAGCAGAAGAUGAGGAUGAGAAGAUCAGGAACACAUUCAAGGCUUUUGACAAGAAUUGUCAAGGUUUCCUAAAGAUGGAGGAUGUGAAGAGGGUUUUUAGUCAGUGUCCACUUUAUCCAGAACACAGGGUAGAGUUGGCAUUUAGGGAAAUUGAUCGAGAUGGUGAUGGGCGAAUAAGUUACAAAGAUUUUGACUGUAUGAUGAAGUUUAACAACCUAUUAUGACCACCCUGUGGACAAAGCAAGACUGUGAUAGGUGCAGAGAUAAAAAAACAAGGGCAGUAUUUCUAGGCAGAUUUAUUUUUACAUUAAAA